AUGGCCUCUGCAAACAAGAACAGUGGGAGCAUCUCCUCCUUGUCCGGCAGCCGCCUGCAGAGCCGGAAGCCGCCCAACCUGUCCAUCACCAUCCCGCCCCUGGAGGCCCCAGUCCCCGCUGGCGAGCAAGACCGCAUGCUGCCUGAGCAGAGGCCCAAGAACCCCGCCUACUUGAAGAGUGUGAGCCUGCAGGAGCCUCAGGGACCAUGGCCCGAGGGAGGCCCGGAGAAGCGCCCUGGCUUCCGCCGCCAGGCCUCCCUGUCUCAGAGCAUCCGCAAGGGUACCGCCCAGUGGUUCGGGGUCAGCGGUGACUGGGAGGGGAAGCGGCAGAACUGGCAGCGCCGCAGCCUGCACCACUGCAGCCUACGCUACGGCAAGCUGAAGGCCUCCUGUCAGCGAGACCUGGAGCUGCCCAGCCAGGAGGUGCCGUCCUUCCAGGGCACUGAGUCUCCCAAGCCCUGCAAGCUGCCCAAGAUCGUGGACCCUCUGGCCCGGGGCCGGGCCUUCCGCCACCCUGACGAGGUGGACCGACCCCAUGGCCCGCACCCACCGCUGACCCCCGGCGUCCUGUCCCUUACCUCCUUCACCAGCGUGCGCUCCGGCCACUCGCACCUGCUCCGUCCCAAGAGGAUGUCUGUGGCUCACAUGAGCUUCCAGGCUGCCGCCGCGCUCCUCAAGGGCCGCUCCCUGUUGGAUGCGGCCGGGCAGCAGCGCUGGGUGGUCAAGCGCAGCUUCGCCUACCCCAGCUUCCUGGAUGAGGACGUGGUUGACGGGGCUGACACCUUCGACUCCUCGUUCUUUAGUAAGGAAGAAAUGAGCUCCAUGCCCGAUGAUGUGUUUGAGUCGCCCCCGCUCUCUGCCAACUACUUCCGAGGGAUCCCGCACUCGGCUUCCCCCGUCUCCCCUGAUGGCGUGCAGAUCCCCCUGAAGGAGUUGGGCCGCACGCAGAAGCCGGCUGCCAGGCGCGGCAAGCGCAUCACCUCCAAGGUGAAGCACUUUGCUUUUGACCGGAAGAAGCGCCACUACGGCCUGGGCGUGGUGGGCAACUGGCUGAACCGCAGCUACCGCCGCAGCAUCAGCAGCACCGUGCAGCGGCAGCUGGAGAGCUUCGACAGCCACCGGCCCUACUUCACUUAUUGGCUGACUUUCGUCCACAUCAUCAUCACGCUGCUGGUGAUCUGUACUUACGGCAUCGCGCCCGUGGGCUUUGCACAGCACGUCACCACCCAGCUGGUGCUGCGGAACAAAGGGGUGUAUGAGAGCGUCAAGUACAUCCAGCAAGAGAACUUCUGGAUCGGCCCCAGCUCGAUCGACUUGAUCCACCUGGGUGCCAAGUUCUCGCCCUGCAUCCGGAAGGACCAGCAGAUCGAGGAGCUGGUGCGGAGGGAGCGGGAGCUGGAGCAGCACUCGGGCUGCUGCGUGCAGAACGACCACUCUGGUGGGCCAGAAGGGGGGUCCUUGGGACCUGAUGGCCCUCCCCGCCCCCACCCCAGCUGUGAGAUCACCACGCGGGAGUACUGUGAGUUCAUGCACGGCUAUUUCCACGAGGGGGCCACGCUCUGCUCUCAGGUGCACUGCCUAGACAAGGUGUGUGGGCUGCUGCCCUUCCUCAACCCUGAGGUCCCAGAUCAGUUCUACCGCCUCUGGCUGUCUCUCUUCCUGCACGCAGGUGUGGUGCACUGCCUGGUGUCUGUGGUCUUCCAAAUGACCAUCCUGCGGGACCUGGAGAAGCUGGCCGGCUGGCACCGCAUCUCCAUCAUCUUCAUCCUCAGCGGCAUCACUGGCAACCUCGCGAGCACCAUCUUCCUGCCCUACCGUGCAGAGGUGGGCCCAGCCGGCUCGCAGUUCGGCCUCCUCGCCUGCCUCUUUGUGGAGCUGUUCCAGAGCUGGCAGCUGCUAGAGAGGCCCUGGAAGGCCUUCCUGAACCUGUCGGCCAUCCUGCUCUUCCUCUUCGUCUGCGGCCUCCUGCCCUGGGUGGACAACACCGCCCACAUCUUCGGCUUCCUCAGCGGCCUGCUGCUGGCCUUCGCCUUCCUGCCCUACAUAACCUUCGGCACCAGCGACAAGUACCGCAAGCGUGUCCUCAUCCUGGUGUCCCUGCUGGUCUUCGCCGGCCUCUUCACCUCCCUGGUCAUCUGGCUCUAUGUCUACCCCAUCAACUGGCCCUGGGUGGAGUACCUCACCUGUUUCCCCUUCACCAGCCACUUCUGCGAGAAGUACGAGCUGGACCAGGUGCUGCACUGACCCGCCUGCCGCGCUGCCAUGGGACUUGUGACUGGAGCGUUGGCUGAUAAGGCAGGUGGGACCACCUAUAGAAACACCAGACCGCCUGGUUCUCCGCAGUGCUGCCCACAGGCCUGGCCCUCUUCCUUCUACCCUCCUUUGUGGCCACAUCCUGGGGCAGGGUCUGCUGUCCAGCUCCUGGGCUGCUGCACCUCCCAGCCCCCCCUCUGCUGUGCCUUCUCACCAUUACUGUGAACAUGCCCUUCCCAGGGAUGGCGCUGGCCCAGGGUGGCCUCAUACUGGGCAGCUGUCUGGUAACCCAGGCUUCCACUUAGCCUCCCCAUACCCACUAGGGGUUCCCUUCUUGUUCCUCCUUCCUGCCCCCACCCUGUGAGACCCCAGUCUAUGUCCAUCCGAGGGCUCUGAGCUACACCGGACCAUGCCGGAGAAGCUCAGGUCAUAGGCUGGGGUGACAGGGGUUGUCAACAAAUGGCCAUCCCCCUAAAAGGAGCAGGGAGAACCCCAGGCCCCUGCCCCCGACCUGUCUGGGCACUAUCAGUGUUCCACUCUCCUUCCGGGCUGGUGCCAACAGCCACCCAAGACUACUCUCACCUCAGAGUGUGUGGGGGUGGCCAGCGGGUCACCCCAGGAACCUGCUCUCGGGUCCCCAUGGCCGGGACCGGUCAUGGCUGGUUGGGGUUUUGUACCAGUUUAUAUUACCUUUGUGGUUUUUAAGAGUAACGCUAACGUUAGACAAUGUCUCAGGGCUAUUAAAUAUUCUUGGUGGGAAA